UCAUAUCCAUGUCCACGACGCUACAGAACGCCCAGACCCUGGUGGACGUGACCUUCGCGGCGGAGGGCAAGCAUCUGCAGGCGCACAAGAUCGUUCUCUCCGCGUGCAGCACUUACUUCCAGGCGCUAUUCGUCGAUAACCCAUCCCAGCACCCCAUCGUGAUCCUCAAAGAUGUUAGCUUCGCAGACCUCCGAACCAUGGUGGACUUCAUGUACUGCGGGGAGGUCAAUGUUACCGAGGAACAAUUGCCACAGGUGUUAGAUACAGCGAAGCACCUAAAGAUCAAAGGUCUGACCGAGAUGCCGGAGACGACCUCCCUCACCCGCUCGCAAGGCAACGAGAUGCAGUCCCAGGCGGACUCGCUGGAUUCGAACCGACACUCCGCCUCGCCAGCCACCUCGCCCAACACCAAACGGAAAAGGUACGGAAUACGCAGAAAAAGCUCAACCGGUUCAACGUCGCUCAACAUGGUCGAGGAGCACAGAGAGGAGCAGCAGGAGCCUGCCCGAGAGUCGGUAACGCUCAGCAGCCUGCCGCGGAGGCGCGAGUAUGAAGACACGCAUCAGAACACCGACCCCCACAUGAACGUGGAACCGUUGCCCAUGGAAGGUGGCUCUGCCGGUCUACCGCAAGAUGCCGCGAGCCGCCAGCGUCGCUCAAAGUUCUUCAAGCGACAAUCGCGCGUGCAGCCCGAAGAGAGAGAAGUUAGGAAACAAGUCUCUGAGCCCGCGCCCCCCGCGCCCGGUCCCGCGACGACCCCAGCGCUCAGGAAACAUGAGUCCUACCCGCAGUAUGGCGCCCAGAAUCGCACGCGAACUUUAGACCACGAGAUAGGCUCGCUGCUGAUCCGGGCGGUGACGUACAUCGACCGGCAGACCAACCCCCCGUCGGCCUCAACUUCCUUCGAGGAGGCGCCAGCUACGCGAGCCAGCCACACACCCGCUGUGAGGAACGGUCCCCCUCUAAGCUGCAACUUCUGCUGGAACACAGUAGACGAAUGCGGCCGCAUCCUCCGACGAAAGACGCAAUACCACUGCCCCGAAUGCCAGACCAACCUAUGCAUCGUACCCUGCUUCCACGAGUACCACGAGGGGUCCGAUGCGGCCGACGCCGGCGCGAGCGCGGCCGCCAGUGCCAGGUGAAGUGUUAUUAGGUACCAUUAGGACUGAUCUUAGCUAUGCUAGUCACACGAGCUACCGGGGGGCGAAGCCCCAAAACGUGGUAAUGUGGCAAUCGAAAUGAGCUAUUAGGGAGCGAUGCCCUCCUUUUGCUAGUAAAUGGUACCUGAGGGGCGGGGCCCUAGUAAGCAUUAACAUCUGUUUAACUCAUGAGUGUGUAUUGUUAUAGCGAGAAGAGCUUUCAGAAAGCAAUACCGUUUAAAAUUGUAAUGCUAAUAUCAGUGAAUAAAAUUGAAUGUCAUAUGUUGUCGUGGGGAUAAAAAGUGCGUAAAUUGUUUACUUUUGUAUACGUUGUGGAUUGCUUUUUGUUUUUUAAUGGCGUGCCUUAAAUCAGGAUUGUGUAUGCGCUGAACGUGCAAUUAUACUUACUUAAACUACUUAUUAAAAUGUCCUACGUUGCCCACGUUAAGAGAACAGUUUAAUACGCAAGAGGUGCUUUGGGACAAAUCAAGCUAUGGAAAAUGUUGGAAAUCUGUUUUGAGACGAAAUAAAUGUCGUCAUUUUUCGGGAUACCCUCAACCCCCUUUACAAUAUUUCAAACUGAUGCUGACAAGUUUUUUUAGUGUGAGUUGCUGGUAUUUGUAAAAAAAUAUAUAUUUGUACCGAUGGUUAAUGUAGAAUAAUGACAUCCAGCUUACUCGGCAGAUAAAUUACAGGCAGGAAUAAGCAAUAAAUUGCCUUAAAACCGAUUAAAAUCAAUGUGCAUUAAAUACAACGUAUAGAGGUUUUAUCACAAAUAGGUACAUGUUCAAAACAUACAACCUAUUUUGAUAUAGGUAUAUUAAUCAAACAUAUAUUUAAGAUUAACAUUUUAAAGUAUUUAAUGUUACAAAGUAAUUUAUAGAUAUCGAAAAUAACGUUUAAGAGGCCAAUUUAUUUAACUUGUUUGUAUUUAUAUAUAUAAAUAUGUUUAUAUACAUCUGUCUGUACACAAAAUGUUGGUAUAGUAAUUCAAACGCCGCAAAAAAAUGUGUGCAUAUUCCAGGUGUAACAUCAGCGUUUACACAAAAAUGUUUCGUUAGCUAACCGACACUCUGGUGAAAAUCCUUAAGCUAAUCAGACAUCGGAUUUUUAGGGGCAAAAUUUAAUGGCAGGUAGGGAGUUCCUACUAAUAGUAAUCCGUCUAAAUUGAGCUUGUAAAAAGAAAUUUUUCUUUUUUAUAUUAAGGGUUUCACAAUUGUCAAGUAUUGGAUAUCUAAUAAAAAAAUAAAUUAACUGCCAGAUAAAACUUCCUACAAAACUUUGCAGUUUAUCUACCAGUUAAGGUUAUUUGAAGAUUGUGGAACGCCAACGAUGACUUUAUUCGUCAGAUAAGUGGCAAGUAACUUUACUUGGACAUUGUGAAACAGACCCUUAGAGAAUUUUCAAAAUUUCUAACUGAAGUGUGUAUUUCCGAAUACCAUCCCAGUAUGCUAUUUUACAGUACAUAUGGGGCUACUUUAUAGCACUAGUGCGAGAAGUAGCAUAUUACGUUACUGUGUCGAACAUUUAAAGGGCCAUAUGUACUGUAAAACGUUGUACGAUACAUGUGCGAAUAGGUAAUUCGCAACUCGUGUCGAUUUAAAACACUCCCUUCGGUCGUGUUUUAAUUUAUCGCCACUCGUUUCGAAUUUCCUAUUUUUCGCACUUGUAUCGUAAUGUACUAAUCUAUUUCUAUAAAAUAAACAAAAAACAGAUAAUAUUAAUGAUUUCUUAAUGCAAAGAUACUCAACCUGGCGAUAAUUUGAAGUGCGCUUUGUGUAACCUACUUUAUCAUUGUCUUCAAAAUACUACUUUCAAAAAACAAUACUUAAAAAAACCUGGGAGCAAUCACUAAUAGUAGUAACAUCGAUAUUUGAAUGUAUCCAUACAUCUUCGCCCCCAUGGAAAAGUUACCUAUCUGCAAAAACCAUAUUUUCGAGGUGCAGGACUUCUUUUUUUUUUUCAUACUAUUUCGGUGGCAAACAAUACACCUCUAUUUCAAAUUGUCUUUGGACGUAGCUAAAGGAAAAUCUAAUCCAAGAAUACCAGAGAGAUCUUUAUCACAGAUGUUUAUUUUUAAUGUAUUGACCGAUGUUAUACUUCUUGUAUAUUUUUUAUGUUUCACGUGUAGUAUAGUGAGUAUUAAUGUAAUCUUCUACCGCCAGAGUGCAGCACUAGCACAGACCGUAAACCAUAGAGUAGACAACUUAUAUAUACUAUGCCGGGAACAGUUUUUUGACCAGAUUUCACAGAUUAUUUUGUACGAAUAAAUUUUGACAUUGAUGCAUCAAGGCGGUUUGUUUACUGUGUGUGCUAGUGGCGCCCCCUACGUAGAGUUUUACGUAAUAUUCAAUCGUAAGCGAUGUUAUAUUAAGAGGCUGUCAAUACCUAAAGCGCGCACACUGUCUAUUUGUAUCGGAGUAAAUGAGAUAGCACUGUCGCAUGUUACUGAGCCUGGGCAAGGGAAUAAUAAGAAAAAUAUUUAAAUAAAAAAAAGUGGAUUAUUAGUGUAAUACUCGACCACGGUUUAGAUAUAAAUGUUAUGAAAUUGUGAUUUUAAGUGCAGACCCAUAAGUCAAAACAAUAAAGACAUAAAACCGUUUAAUUGUGAUUUUAAGACCAAUCUUUGCAAUUAUUUUCUAUCGAGCCGAUUUCGUUCAAUCGUGUAUCGAGUACGACCACGGUCUUUGAAAUAUAAUUAAUAUGAACAUAUAUUUUUCUUACUUGACUAAAACAAAUAGUCUUUCUUAAAAAACUGUUUAAGUAACAUCAAUUUCAAGGACAUUGGGUGUUGACAGCCUCUUAAACAUUUAAAUUUAUCUCAGGGCCUUCGAUGCAAUAUGAACUUAUGAUGUUGAAUCUGUACAGACGUUUAUGAGAAUGCCGCCUGGCGGUAGGUAGUUUAGGGUGUUAAGAAAUAUGUUUUUUAUGUUAACUUGUAUCUGGACAAACAUGAAAUGAUAAUCUUUAUUUCAGGCAACUAGUGGCCCAUAGAUAAAUACCUUAAAACUAGCAUACAUAUUAUUAAUAUAUAUACUUUCUGCCCUCCGGGCGGAAACCGUCAACUUUGCUCCCGCUGCGCUAAACGAAGAAGCUUUCCGCCUCCGUCGAGCAGAAAAAUAGUAUGCGCACCAUGGGAGGAAACGUAGGACAUUCCAUCCCGAGUGUUUGCCACCCUCGCCUUCGGCUCGGGUAACAAUUUUACACGCGGCACGCAAUUUCCUACUUUUCCCUCCUUGGGACACAAAUAACUAUUAAAAGUAACUUAACAAAUCUCAUUUUAGUUGCGAUGCACUACGCAAGCCCGCAGUAUCAGGGGGCCUACCGCGAAUCACGUUCGACGUGUUACAUCUCUGUCGCACUUGUAAAUUCGUACGUAAGUGUGACAGGGAGGCAACACGUGAUCAUUUAAUAUCACAUCAGUUGAUUGUUAACUUUGGUAGCAUCCAGACGGUUUAUAUCGAAAAUUUGCUAAUUUUGCCUUCAAUUGUCAAAUUGAUUUUGACACUAGUUACUGUAUUUUUAACCGAGUUCAAGAUUUCAAAAGAGGAGGUUAUCAAUUCGGUUGUAUGGUUUUUUUUUUAUAAUGUUUGUUACUCCAUAACUCCGUCAUUUCUGAACCGAUUUCGAAAAUUAUUUUUUUGUUUGAAUGUAUAUAUAUAUAUAUACAGAUUGGUCCCGUUUUUGUCAAAACUCUGUUCUGAUGAUGGGAUCCAUGAGGAAUCGAGGGAACUCUUCAAAUGUGAAAGGCAUACAUAUAGUGAUUUUUGUUUUUUCUGUAACAAAUCAAGCAUUUACAUUUAAAAAAGUGACAUUUGAUGAAUUUAAGUUGCCUAAAGGAAAAAUUGGAAAUUUAUACGGUUAAACGAAAAUAUAGCUUAAUACUUACUUUUGAAAUCCAUCGACGUUCAUUGGUAGACUGGAAUGGUCAUAUUGAUUUACUACUAUUUAACUUCAUAUAGUAGUCAAACCUAUCACGAACCACGUUCGUCGUGUUGCGUCCCCGUCACACUUACGUACGAAUUUACAAGUGCAACAGAGUAGCAAAACGUCGAACGUGGUUCGCGCUAGGCCCUCUGGUGUCAAAAUCGGCAAUCACUGAAAAACAUCAGUUUGCUCGCCAUUUUUUCAGGUUAAAAUUUUUGGUAAUAUAAUUUAUUUAUAAAAAAAUUUGAGAAAAUUGUUAUGUCCGUUCCAACAUCGAUGAUAGUUUUCUGAAGUGCCAUGAAGAGUUGCAGGUUUAUGCUAAAACCUAUAUUCUUUGUAUAAAAAUAUCAAUACGUGUUUAAAUUUAAAUAUUGUUGUAUUUAAAUGUUAUGAGAGAAAGUUUCGUUAAACGAAACGUAGAUUGAAAGAUUUUUUUUAAAGUAAGGCCACUAAUCACGAAGAAUUUCGUUCAUUGACCCGCCUGCUUCUAUCUCUACCGCACGCGCACAGUUAAAUUUCUGCCCCGCUCGCACAGUGGCUUUGCCCGCCGGCAGCAUCGGCGGGACAGCAAUAUUUCUGUCCCGCUCUCACAGUGGGUUGCCCGCCGGCAUCAUCGGCGGGACAGCAAUAUUUCUGUCCCGCUCUCACAGUGGCUUUGCCCGCCGGCAUCAUCGGCGGGACAGCAGUAUAAUUACGUGCGUGCAAGAUGGGAACAGGUGGGUCAAUGUACGGAAUUCUUCGUUCUUAGUGUCCGUACUGUAGCCAAUGGCUACAAAUAAAAGGUUUCCUCUGAAGCCAAACCACGUAUAUAGUUAUUGAGAGACACAAAUAAUAAUUAUUGCACUAGUUUUCACAGGCAUUGAUGUUGAUAUAUUUAAUAUGUAUUAUUAAUAAUUAUAACCAAUGUUAAAGUAUUUUAGAUAAGUUUAUAUUUCUGUAUAAAACAGCUCAAUUUAUCUCUUAUUACCUCUAAUUAAUACUUGUUAAUUUAUUGUGUUUGUAAAAUAUAAACUUUAUUUUUAUUUAAUUAAAUAAUUAAUAAAUAUUUGGGGACAUAUCGACCUAGCCCCAAACUGAGCAAAGCUUGUACUAUGGGUACUAGGCGACGAUGUACAUCUACAUACGUAUAUAGAUAAAACACCCAUGACUCAGGAACAUAUAUCUGUGUAGACAGUUUGACUAGAUAAGGUAUAUCUAUGCCUGUAAUUAGUUUAUGUAGCUUCAGAUAAAAACAAUACAGUAAUAACUUCCCGUCCGCUAAAACACGACAAUAAUGGUUUGAAUUUUUUUAAUUUGAGUUUGACCGUAACGAAGAACUUCCCGUACUAUUUUUGACAAUAGAAAAGAUAGAAGAGAAAAGAUAUUUUCCAAGUAGGCAUAUUACAAUGCGCUUAUGAACGUCAAAUAAAGUUCGGAAUUUCGGAGUAAAACCAAAAUAAACCCGUUCAGAGCCUUGCUCCUACUUUCUGCUUCAGUGAAAAAGCUUCAGCUUUAAGGGUAUAUGACGUGUGCAGAUCAUUUUGAUCAUAAUAAUCGCUUAGUACCUGUAUAUACUUGAUUAUAAGAAAUUUGUGGACCGUGCAUAAUCUCACCCUGUAUACUGUCCUGGAAUACCUGUGUUACUAUUUAGGGAAUGUGAUAUGACAUAUCAGGAAUAACUGUACUUGUUGUAUAUUUUGUAUUAAAAUGUGAAUAAAUGGUUAAAACUGUA